UACAGAAGAGGCCGGUCCGGUGGAUUUGACGCGUCGCGGUGCCGACCAUACGGACGAGCGAUACGUAGCUGACACGACGUGUUUUUUACUUCUUGCCGCGAUAUUUUUACGAAAAAGUGAGUUAGUGAAUGCGAACGGUAUUGAUACAGGCUGAAAAGUAAAGCCGGGCAAGAAGCGUUACCCAAAAUUUUUUUAUUUAUAUUUUAUAAUCUUAUAAAUUUUGAGUGAGAUCGGUGCUGUUCUUUUUUUUUCACUUUGUGCAAAUUUUUAAAACAGUUUUACACAGAAUUUUUCUAAGCUUUUUAUAACUCUGGAUUAUCGUUGGUUAUAUAAACGACGGUAUUUUUAAAUAAAUUAAAAUUACUACGAUUGUGGAAGUUGAACUUGUUAACAUUCGAUAGCAAAGUGUCGCUUUACGUAUAGUGUCCGGAACGUCUUUUAUACAAGUAAUAUUAGCAAACGGUCGGUGGUAAAAAAAAAAGUGUUAACAUGACGAUUCACAAAAAAGGAACAGCAAAUAAGACGAAAACUAAAGGCUCCGAUAAGAAUGUUACUGAAGUUGCCAGUACCUCGUCUAGCUCUGUAGCUGACGUGUCACAAUCCACUUCAAAAAAUGCGACAGUUGCUUCGACAGAAAUUGUUUCAACGUCAAGUGUAGUUCAAGAAGCAUCGAAAGUCACGAAGAGCGAAUCUCGAAGCAGUGUUACCGAGGUGAGCAGUUCCAGUCGUGAGGUGAUAAUGGAUUCGAAGGGACAUGUUGUCAAGGUAAUUGAGCAUGCGCCAAAAACAGUCAAACACUCAUCGUCAACGUCUAAGGCUGGGCAGAGUUCAACAGAUUUUAUUGCGGGAGAGCAAAGGGAGCAAAUAAAGCAAACGAAGAAAGGAAUUAGUGAUGAAAAACGAACAACAAAUUCAGGUAAAAGUCUGAAACAGAUUUCAGAUGGAGAUCAUGCUGCAACUAUACGGUCGACGAAAGGUCAAAGUACUGAUCAGAUCAGCUCUUCUCAUUUUGAAAGCAGUCAAAAAUCAUCUUCCUCUUCAAAUACCGUCGUGAAAUCUUCAUCAUCCGUGCAGGCCCACAUUGAGCAAUCGUCAUCAGUGACAAGUUCCGAUCAAAUUGCUAGUCAUUCUAAUCCUACGAGUCAAACAUCUUCAAAAUCGUUCGAAUCGGUGAGGUCAAGUCAACUGGUGGAGCAAGGUGUAACUAAAGAUGGUCAAACGGUGAAAUCAAGAACGGAAAUACAAAAGGCUGGACACAGAGUAAACGACAACGGAAAAGUUACAUCAUCAAAGACGGAAAGCGUUGACAGUGAGACAAGCGUACUACCAGCUGAUGGUAAGGAUGGUAAUAAAACCUUACCUACUUCCCAAAACGUUAAAGUUAUUGGCGAGCGGGUGAGUCCAGACAAAACAACAGGUAAUGUAACAAUUCGUACGAGAGUAACAGAUAGUAUUGGCCAAAGUGUAGCGACGACUGAGCAGGUACGAAGUGACGGUACCGCACAUAAUACCAAGCCCGGUGCAUCUACGUGGGACGGAAAUUUCGUCCUCGAAAAAUCGGUAAAACAAAAUCCAAGGAACACGUCAAGUUCAAGCGUCUUACGUCAAACUGGAAAAGAUUCUCCGUCGUCAAAAAAGUCGAAGGAUAAAAGUACUAAUGUAUCUCGAACAAUCGCUGGCGACAAUAAAUCUGUAACACAGAUACAACAGGGAUCUUCGAAUACCACCGAAGUUCGCGGCUCGACUCACAUUGAUCAGAAACGAUCUUCCAGUACCGUAAUUCAAGAUCAAGACUCCACCGUUCAAAGUUAUACUUUGGAAACUGUAAACACGUAUGAUUCUACUGGAAAGCUCAUUAGCAGUGUCACUCGCCGUGUGCCUUCGGAAACUAGCGGGUUCACGGAUAGUGAAGAAACAUCUAUAGACCAACAGACGUCAACAUUUAUUCAUGAAACCGAUUCCAGUGAUCAAAACACGCGCUACUCAAAGCCCGGAGACUCUGCUUGGGAUGGAAAAUUUGUUUAUGAAAAACCUUCCCCUACCCGAAAGUGGAAUACAUCUGAUGCUUCAAUAUUUCAGCAUCCUGGCCAAGAUGGAGUAGUCGAAUCCACGAGACGUAUUGACUCGAGAGAAUCGAAUCUAGAUGGUUCCUACAACAAAGAAUCUACGACUAAUGUUCACACUGCUCGAGGAUCUACAGAAUCAUCAGAAUUUUUGACACGCGAACGUGUAGAUGUCAGCAAGGAAUCUUAUGUGUAUACGGACGAUGGCAGGACCCCACAAACUGUUGCAGAUCCUCCAGAGGGUACCCGAAUCAACAAGCCUGGUCAGUUAAAUCCAAACGGUCAAUAUAUGCGAGAAAAUUCGCAAGAUAAUAGAUCCAAACAAUCGACCGAUGCUACGGUGGUGAGAAGAACUAAGCCGAGAAAUGAUUCCGUGGAAGUACAAGACAUAACCGAAGAAGUUAACGUCAGUAACGUCUCCGAAUCAGUCUCCUCUUCCUAUAUAGUUGAACAUUCGUCAAGUAGCGAUAUAAAAAACAUCGAUAAGAUAACCUCUGUAUCGGAAACAAUCAUCGAAGAAGAGCCUUCUGGGAGAGGAACUAUUAGUCAUACUCCUCACAAUCGUCCUGAAAGCCCUGAUAAGUCACGAGGACAUCCCAGAGACCGUGUACCUGUAAGCAAUAAGCCUGGCCAAUCAACUUGGGACGGUCACUUUAUUUACGAAAAACCACAAACACCAACUUCUGACCGACGCCACCCACCUAACGGUAGCCCUGUGGAUUCUUUGACCAGAAGGACUAACAGGCGUAGCAACGUAAUAGACAUUUCUGACGUCACAGAAGAUAAUUCCAUCAAUGAAGUCGAUACUGUGUCAACUUCAUACAUUGUUGAGCACUCCUCAAGUCAGCAAAGUUUUACCGACUGUAAAGACCAUGUAAGUAUUUCUUCAAUUACGUCAGAAACCACUGUUUACGAUGACCAGCAAGGUAAUCGUCCUGGUACUGCUCAGAGGAAGCAUCCACUAGAUGGACAUCCAACUCCAUCAGAACAUCUUGACAGUCCAGACAAGACUGCAAGACCCACAAAACCAGGAUCUUCGACAUGGGAUGGUUCGUUUUUGUAUGAAAAGGUAUCAGAUCAAAAGAAACCUGCUGACUUAAAAAGACAACCUGUGAUCGGUGAUGGUAAAAAACCAAGUGACAGUAGACAACGACCCACCACUGAGAAUAAAAGACUCACCGGCGGUAGCCCAAGUGAACAAGAUCGCAAAAAUUUACGCCACGGCAGUGACACUACCUUGAACAUAGGUAGUACUAUAGAAGAUGAAGUCAUUUCAAGUUCUAUCAUUGUAGAACAAUCCAAUAUCCAAGAGAGUUUUACCGACUCAAAGAAUCUAGAUUUCUCCACGACGGUAACGGAGACGGUAAUAAUUCGGGAUGGCAAACCUGUCGAAAAACAAACGAUUCGAUCCAUCACUGAUGAACAUUAUCCCGAUAGUCCUGAUAAGAGAGCACCGAGUUCGCCAGACAAACUCAUCAAUACUCCUGGAAGCCCACACAAAAAGACCGCUCAUCCCGAUGACGCGAGUAUUCGACCCACAAAACCCGGCUCUUCGACAUGGGAUGGUUCCUUCGUUGUCGAAAAGAGACCAACAGCACAGAAGCCCGCUGAUUCUCGGAAAGAACCCCGAGUCAAUGAGAAAAGGAAACCGACCGAUGGAAGACAACAACCGAUUGACGAUGGUAAGAAACCAACGACCAGAAGACCUUCAGAUGGCAAGCCAAGUGAUGUGGAGCGUAGAACAUCGAAACAUGUAAGUGACAGUACUUUGAGCAUCGCUAACACGACCGAGGAUGUUUCUAGCACUUCCGAAGUCGUCACGAGCUCCUUUGUCGUGGAGCGAUCCGACAUCCAGGCGAGUUACACUGAUUUGCAGAAUACAGAUUUCUCUACGUCGUUAACGGUAGUUAUGCGCGAUGGUAAGCCAGUCGAAAGACACACAGUUUAUUCCUCAACCGAUCAACAUCGCCCUGGUAGCCCUGAUAAGAGAACACCCACUCCGAGAGAUAAGACUGUCGAUGGGCAGAGAAGCCCAGACAAAAUAACAGGCCCUCCUGAUGACAAAAGUGCUCGUCCAACAAAGCCCGGUUCUUCAACGUGGGAUGGUUCCUUCGUUAUUGAAAAACCACAGGGGCAAAAAAAGCCUGCAGAUUUGCGGAAAGAACCCAUUGUCGAUGAUCAGAGAAAGCCAAAUGAUGGAAAACGGCAACCGAACGAUGGAGACAAGAGACCCUCCACCGCAAAGCCUUCCGAUGUGGGGCGUAAGACCACAAAGCACGUGAGUGAUAGUACUUUGAGCCUCGGCAAUACAACUAAAGAUGUAUCCAGUACGUCUGAUGUAAUUACCAGCAGCUCUUUCGUCGUAGAAGAGUCUCAUGCCCAGGAAAGUUAUAGAGAUUCGAAGAACGUGGAUUUUUCAACCAUGUCUACUGAAACAUUACUGAUUCGCGACGGAAAACCUGUUGAUAGAUCUGUGACUCAUUCAAAACCCGGUCAGCGUCGACCUGGCAGCCCUGAGAAAAGAACUCCUCUUCCCAGAGAAAAUAUUGUCGAAAGACCAGAGAGUCCAACUAAAAAGGGAUCCGCUCCAGAAGACAAAAACAUCCGGCCCACAAAGCCUGGAUCUUCAACUUGGGAUGGGUCUUUCGUUUACGAAAAACCCCAAGAAUCUACUCCAAAACCUAUUCAAAAGAAAACGCCAUCUGAUGACAAAAAAAGGCCAACUGACGUACGUCCCAAGGGCGGAAAAUUGGUUGACACGACAGGUCAAGUAUCAACUAUGACUUCCGCAGAUCUCCGGAAAACUUCAGAAGAUAUCAGGGAUACGUUGGACGUAACGACUAGUACUUACGUUACCAAACAGACUUCCAUAAAAGACUCGAAGAAGUUUGGUUCAACAAGUGUGUCUGAAACAAUAGUGCACGAAGAGUCUGAAAAUAAGCAAUCAAGAGAUGACUCCAGGAAGCCGAAGAGGCUUGAAGACCUCGAUAAAUCACCCGAAAGGCAACCUGGUCAAUCUGGACGUCGGCCAGAUGGAAAAACGUCCCCCGAACGAAGGCCUGGAGAGCCAGAGAAGCCUGAAGACAGGUCAACUCGUCCAACCAAACUUGGCUCUUCGACGUGGAGUGGUGGUUUCGUUUAUGAACAGCCUAAAACACCAACUCCAAUCAAUAAGAAACCUGGUCAGCAAAAAGAACCGACUGAUGACAAAAAACGUCCAUUAGAAGACAAGAAAAAACCAUCCAACGAGCGCCCAAAGGAUCAGAAAAUUACUGACACAGUUGUUCGAAAAUCGUCCACAAGUUCCACUGAUAUUCGAGACAUUACUGAAGACGUAACUGAUGUAACAAUAAAUACUUACGUCAGUGAACAGACGUCUGUGAGGGACUCGAAGAAAUUUGGUUCAACAGUUGUUUCCGAAACAGUAGUCUAUGAAGGAUCACCAGACAAUAGACCAAGGGAUGAUGGUGGUCAGCCGAAGAAACCUGAUGGUGACAAAGCGCCUCAACAGCGACCAGGUGAGCCUAAAAGGCGUCCAGAUGAAAAAUCAGUUUCUGGCCAAAAGCCCAAAAGGGAAGAAAGCCCCGAAGACAGGUCGACUCGUCCAACCAAACUUGGUUCUUCGACGUGGAGUGGUGCUUUCGUUUAUGAACAGCCUAAAACACCAACUCCAAUCAAUAAGAAACCUGGUCAGCAAAAAGAACCGACUGAUGACAAAAAACGUCCAUUAGAAGACAAGAAAAAACCAUCCAGCGAGCGCCCAAAAGAUCAGAAAAUUACUGACACAGUUGUUCGAAAAUCGUCCACAAGUUCCACUGAUAUUCGAGACAUUACUGAAGACGUAACUGAUGUAACAAUAAAUACUUACGUCAGUGAACAGACGUCUUCUGUGAGUGACUCGAAGAAAUUUGGUUCAACAGUUGUUUCCGAAACAGUAGUCUAUGAAGGAUCACCAGACAAUAGACCAAGGGAUGAUGGUGGUCAGCCGAAGAAACCUGAUGGUGACAAAAUGCCUCAACAGCGACCGGGUGAGCCUCAAAGGCGUCCAGAUGAUAAAGCGGUUCCUGGCCAAAAACCCAAAAGGGAAGAAAGCCCCGAAGACAGAUCGACUCGUCCAACCAAACUUGGCUCUUCGACGUGGAGCGGUGCUUUCGUUUAUGAACAGCCUAAAACACCAGCACCAGUCAAUAAGAAACCUAGUCAGCAGAAAGAACCGACUGAUGACAAAAAACGUCCAUUAGAAGACAAGAAAAAACCAUCUAACGAGCGCCCAAAGGAUCAGAAAAUUACUGACACAGUUGUUCGAAAAUCGUCCACAACUUCCACUGAUAUUCGGGACAUUACUGAAGACGUUACUGAUGUAACAAUAAAUACUUAUAUUAGCGAACAAACGUCUGUGAGUGACACAAAGAAAUUUGGUUCAACAGUUGUUUCCGAAACAGUAGUCUAUGAAGGAUCACCAGACAAUAAACCAAGGGAUGAUCGUGGUCAGCCGAAGAAACCUGACGGUGACAAAAUGCCUCAACAGCGACCAGGUGAGCCUAAAAGGCGUCCAGAUGAAAAAUCGGUUCCUGGCCAAAAGCCCAAAAGGGAAGAAAGCCCCGAUGAUAGGUCGACUCGUCCAACCAAACUUGGCUCUUCGACGUGGAGCGGUGCUUUCGUUUAUGAACAGCCUAAAGAACCGACCGGUAAGAAACCCGAGCCAAAAACGGGACCAACUGCUGAUAAAAAACAGCCCACUGACAGUAAAAAGAAACCAGAUGGAAAACGCCCUACUGAUUCCGUGGUUCAAAAACCUUCUACUACUCCAACCGACGCCCCAGCUGAUAAAAGGCCUGAACAGAAGAAGCCCGGAGACAGUACCGAGAAGCCUAAAAAGUCGGAAAAUCUUUAUGAAAAACCUGAAAGUUCUUCUGACCGUCCUGCUGGAAAACGAGAACCUGAAGACCGAAGACCAGAGAGUCCCACAGACAAAUCCUUCAGACCAGAUAAACCCGGUUCUUCGACCUGGAAUGGUUCUUUCGUUUACGAAAAACCGAAAUCUACAGAAAAGCCAGAGAAGCCAACUGACGGAAAGAAACCAAAACAUCCGAGUUCGCCGAAGGACGUCGUUCCAAAACGUCACCCAUCAGAGCAAAGCCCAGACGAAGUUACUAAAAUGACCUUCAGUCAGACCACCAUUGAUCUGCAGGACGUAACUGAUAUCCAACAAUCUUCAUACGUCAUCGAGCAGUCAUCGAGUUACACCAGUGUCAAGGACGUACGCGAUGUCACCGAGGAAUACAUCACCACUGAUUACACAACGGAAAAACGUCAUGACUUGAGAGAUGUUACUGAGUCAACGACAGAGUUUAUCGGCCAUGAACAGGUGAAUAGCAUGGUAGCCAGAGACGUUGUGGAUGACAAGAGAUUCGAAAAAAUCACAACCACCAAAGGGCCAAAAGACACGCCAACACCAAAGUCAAUUCCUGCUGCUGGUAAGCCCAGCCGUCCACAACGCCGUGAUGAAUCUCCGAAAAAACCUGGUGAUGAUGCUGACAAGCCUAAGAAACCAAAAAAACCUUCCGAUCGUCGGUCUGUUUCUCCGGAGAAACCUAGUGACCAAAAAUCACCAGACAGCAAGCCAAGGCCAGCUGCUGGAAAGCCUAGUCGCCCGGACGAAAAGCCACGACGUGGUGAUCAAACGCCAGAUUCCUUGGACGAGGACGAACCACAGCCAAAAAAGUUACUGGAGCCUGCUGAUGUCCUGGCUAAAAUACCACUGAAGGAACAGUGUAUUUGCGAGCUAUGUACCUGCGGACGGCACCGAUGUCCUCACAAUGUUGGCCAGGACAAUUUUGAAUCACCUCACGAGCCUAUAGACAGCGUAACGUCUUACCGCCACGAAUACGAUGAAAAGCACGUAGAUAGACAAGUGAUAGUUCACCAUGAAGACCACCUGCACCUGGAGGGUGAAUUCAUUGGGGAACGACGUACUGACUACGUCGUCACCCAUGGAGACCGAGCUCCGGUUCGAAAGCCUCAGGAUAAUCUUCAUCCUGAAGGAGAUUUCUACGGACGUCCUAAGGAAGAAGCGCCCACCAUAGGCGAACGAGCACCCGUUAGGCGUCCCCAAGACAAUUUAAGGCCCGAGGGUGAUUUCGAUGGCGUGACAACAAAAGAGCUGGCCUUCCCCGGGCUACCCGGCGAACGACCAAGCCCUGUGCGUCGCAAUACCUACACAAAAGUAGAGGGUGAAUUUAUAGACGAAACUACGAGUCGAACUGAGUAUAUCGAUCAUCGAACUAUACAGCGAGCGGAAGUAAUUAGACGUACAGAUAAUUUGAUCAUUGGCGAAGGAGAGUUUACGGGAACCUCUCACGUCAAAGAAGACUUUCCAACUUACGAAAUUGUUGAGCAUGAAGAACCCACGAUCCGUCGCAAAACAACAACGGACGAAGUAGACAGAUAUUAUGGCAGGACGGACAUUAUCGAAAACUUUACAACCACCAAUGAAGAGUACCGUAACUUUGAUCAAACUGACUACAUGUCUACAACAAUUAUCAGACGCGAUGAUAAUCUCAAGCCAGAAGGUCCUUUCGAAGGAACACCUAAAUCCAGGGAUGACUACGUGCCAAUGCUUACCGAAAGACGAGAACCGCAUAAACCGAAAGACAAUCUGAAGCCUGAAGGACCUUUCGAAGGACGUCCCAAAGACGAUUUCAAACCAACCACGGGAGAUCGUGCGCCAGUUAAAAAACCUCAGGACAACCUUAAGACCGAAGGGCCUUUUGAAGGGCGCCCUAAGGAUGAUUUCUCUCCGAAACAAAGUGAACGACCCGAAGUUAAGAAGCCUAAGGACAAUCUUCGCCCCGAAGGAACCUUCGAAGAUCGACCGAAAGACAAAUUCACACCGGCUGAACGACGCACACCCAUUAAACAUGCAGACAAUUUGAAACCUGAAGGAGAAUUUGAAAGACCCAUCCGAGAACCGUACGGUCCGGGUGAAAGAGCGCCAAUCGUUCGCCACCCUGACAAUUUGUUCCCCAAGGGUGAUUUCCCGGAUAGAGAGCGUCAACCAUUUGAACCUGCUGAACGCAGGACCCCGAUAAAGCCUGGAGAUAAUUUACGCCCUGAAGGAGACUUUGAUGGCCGCCCCAAAAAUGACUAUGGACCGAAAUAUGUCGAAAAACCUGAUGUCAAACGACCCCAGGAUAACCUCAAGCCUGAAGGACCAUUCGAGGGUCGACCAAAGGAUAAAUAUACUCCUGGAGAACGUCGCCAGCCGAUCAGACAUCCUGACAAUCUUCAUCCCGAAGGUGAGUUCGAAAGACCUGAGGAAGAACCCUUCGGGCCCGGUGACAGAGCUGAAAUUGUCCGCCAUCCAGAUAAUUUAUUCCCGUCGGGAGAAUUCUUGGACAGAGAACGUAAGCCCUUUGAACCCGCAGAGAGAAGAAAGCCAAUCAAGCAUCCAGAUAAUUUAAAACCAGAAGGUGACUUUGAACGUCCAGAGCACGAAAAAUUCCGUCCUGCUGAAAAGCCUAAGGUCAAGAAGCCUCAAGAUAAUCUUAAGCCAGAAGGCGAUUUCGAACGACCAGAACCGACUAAAGUGGGUCCAAGUGAAAAACGAACACCAAUUAAACAUCCGGAUAACUUGAAACCAGAAGGUGAUUUUACUGGCAAACCAAAAGACGAUUACAAGCCCAUGCAGGGAGAACGUGCGGACGUUAAACGACCAGAAGAUAAUUUGAAACCUGAGGGUAUAUUUGAAGGCAGACCUAGGGAUGAUUAUAAACAUGUCACAGUUGACCGUGUCGAUAUUGUCAAGCAUUCUGACAACCUGUAUAUGGAAGGUGAAAUUUCAACAUACAGAUCACGAGACGAGUAUGCUGACUUCUUGGUUAGAGAACGAGUAGAAGUGACAAAACAUCAGGAUAACCUAAGGCCCGAAGGACCAUUUGAAGGUCGACCUAGAGAUGAUUAUUCACCAAAAACUGCUGAAAGACCAGAAGUGAGGAAACCAAAGGACAAUUUACGACCUGAAGGAGAAUUUGAAAGACCAGAAAAAACACCAUAUGGCCCUGCUGAAAAACGAACACCAAUCAAACAUGAAGAUAAUCUUCGACCUGAAGGUGAAUUCGAAAGACCUGAGCAUGAAAAAUACCGUCCUGCCGAAAGACCCGAAGUUAAGAAACCCAAAGACAACCUGCGACCUGAAGGAGAAUUCGAGAGACCCGAAAAGACACCUUACGGACCUGCUGAAAAACGGACGCCGAUCAAACACGAUGACAAUCUUCGACCGGAAGGUGAAUUUGAGAGGCCGGAACAUGAAAAGUACCGCCCCGCUGAGAGACCUGAAGUCAAACGACCGAAGGACAACCUGCGACCUGAAGGAGAAUUCGAAAGACCCGAAAAGACGCCUUACGGACCUGCUGAGAAACGGACGCCGAUCAAGCACGACGAUAAUCUUCGACCUGAAGGUGAAUUCGAAAGACCUGAGCAUGAAAAGUACCGCCCCGCUGAGAGACCUGAAGUCAAACGACCGAAGGACAACCUGCGACCUGAAGGAGAAUUCGAAAGACCCGAAAAGACGCCUUACGGACCUGCUGAGAAACGGACGCCGAUCAAGCACGACGAUAAUCUUCGACCUGAAGGUGAAUUCGAAAGACCUGAGCAUGAAAAGUACCGCCCCGCUGAGAGACCUGAAGUCAAACGACCGAAGGACAACCUGCGACCUGAAGGAGAAUUCGAGAGACCCGAAAAGACGCCUUACGGACCAGCUGAAAAACGGACGCCGAUCAAACACGAUGAUAAUCUUCGACCGGAAGGUGAAUUUGAGAGGCCCGAACAUGAAAAGUACCGCCCCGCUGAGAGACCUGAAGUCAAACGACCGAAGGACAACCUGCGACCUGAAGGAGAAUUCGAGAGACCCGAAAAGACACCUUACGGACCUGCUGAAAAACGGACGCCGAUCAAACACGAUGAUAAUCUUCGACCGGAAGGUGAAUUUGAGAGGCCCGAACAUGAAAAGUACCGCCCCGCUGAAAGACCUGAAGUCAAACGACCGAAGGACAACCUGCGACCUGAAGGGGAAUUCGAAAGACCCGAAAAAACGCCUUACGGACCUGCUGAGAAACGGACGCCGAUCAAGCACGACGAUAAUCUUCGACCUGAAGGCGAAUUCGAAAGGCCUGAGCAUGCAAAGUACCGCCCCGCUGAGAGACCUGAAGUUAAACGACCGAAGGACAACCUGCGACCUGAAGGAGAAUUCGAAAGACCCGAAAAGACGCCUUACGGACCUGCUGAGAAACGGACGCCGAUCAAGCACGACGAUAAUCUUCGACCUGAAGGUGAAUUCGAAAGGCCUGAGCAUGAAAAGUACCGCCCCGCUGAGAGACCUGAAGUCAAACGACCGAAGGACAACCUGCGACCUGAAGGAGAAUUCGAAAGACCCGAAAAGACGCCCUACGGACCUGCUGAGAAACGGACGCCGAUCAAGCACGACGAUAAUCUUCGACCUGAAGGUGAAUUCGAAAGACCUGAGCAUGAAAAGUACCGCCCCGCUGAGAGACCUGAAGUCAAACGACCGAAGGACAACCUGCGACCUGAAGGAGAAUUCGAAAGACCCGAAAAGACGCCUUACGGACCUGCUGAGAAACGGACGCCGAUCAAACAUGAUGAUAACCUUCGACCAGAGGGUGAAUUCGAAAGACCUGAGCAUGAAAAGUACCGCCCCGCUGAGAGACCUGAAGUCAAGAAGCCGAAAGACAACCUUCGGCCAGAGGGUGAGUUUGAAAGACCAGAAAAAACUCCGUAUGGUCCAGCUGAAAAACGAACACCGAUCAAACACGAUGAUAACCUUCGACCAGAGGGUGAAUUUGAAAGACCCGAGCAUGAAAAGUACCGUCCUGCCGAAAGACCGGAAGUCAAACGACCGAAGGACAACCUGCGACCUGAAGGAGAAUUCGAAAGACCCAAAAAGACGCCUUACGGACCUGCUGAGAAACGGACGCCGAUCAAGCACGACGAUAAUCUUCGACCUGAAGGUGAAUUCGAAAGACCUGAGCAUGAAAAGUACCGCCCCGCUGAGAGACCUGAAGUCAAACGACCGAAGGACAACCUGCGACCUGAAGGAGAAUUCGAAAGACCCGAAAAGACGCCUUACGGACCUGCUGAGAAACGGACGCCGAUCAAACAUGAUGAUAACCUUCGACCAGAGGGUGAAUUCGAAAGACCUGAGCAUGAAAAGUACCGCCCCGCUGAGAGACCUGAAGUCAAGAAGCCGAAAGACAACCUUCGGCCAGAGGGUGAGUUUGAAAGACCAGAAAAAACUCCGUAUGGUCCAGCUGAAAAACGAACACCGAUCAAACACGAUGAUAACCUUCGACCAGAGGGUGAAUUUGAAAGACCCGAGCAUGAAAAGUACCGUCCUGCCGAAAGACCGGAAGUCAAACGACCGAAGGACAACCUGCGACCUGAAGGCGAAUUCGAGAGACCCGAAAAGACGCCUUACGGACCUGCUGAGAAACGGACGCCGAUCAAGCACGACGAUAAUCUUCGACCUGAAGGUGAAUUCGAAAGGCCGGAACAUGAAAAGUACCGCCCCGCUGAGAGACCCGAAGUCAAACGACCGAAGGACAACCUGCGACCUGAAGGCGAAUUCGAGAGACCCGAAAAGACGCCUUACGGACCUGCUGAGAAACGGACGCCGAUCAAGCACGACGAUAAUCUUCGACCUGAAGGUGAAUUCGAAAGGCCGGAACAUGAAAAGUACCGCCCCGCUGAGAGACCCGAAGUCAAACGACCGAAGGACAACCUGCGACCUGAAGGGGAAUUCGAAAGACCCGAAAAGACGCCUUACGGACCUGCUGAGAAACGGACGCCGAUCAAACAUGAUGAUAACCUUCGACCAGAGGGUGAAUUCGAAAGACCUGAGCAUGAAAAGUACCGCCCCGCUGAGAGGCCUGAAGUCAAGAAGCCAAAAGACAAUCUACGACCUGAGGGAGAAUUCGAGAGACCCGAAAAGACACCUUACGGACCUGCUGAGAAACGAACGCCGAUCAAGCACCACGAUAAUCUGCGACCUGAAGGUGAAUUUCAAAGACCUGAGCAUGAAAAGUACCGCCCCGCUGAAAGACCUGAAGUUAAGAAGCCGAAAGACAACCUUCGACCGGAGGGUGAGUUUGAGAGACCAGAAAAAACUCCGUACGGUCCGGCUGAAAAACGAACACCGAUCAAACACGAUGAUAAUCUUCGACCUGAAGGUGAAUUCGAAAGACCCGAGCAUGAAAAGUACCGUCCUGCUGAAAGACCCGAAGUUAAGAAGCCAAAAGACAACCUUCGACCGGAGGGCGAGUUUGAGAGACCAGAAAAAACGCGUUACGGCCCGGCAGAAAAGCGAACACCAAUCAAACACGAUGAUAACCUUCGACCAGAGGGUGAAUUCGAAAGACCAGAACACGAACGGUAUCGUCCUGCAGAAAGACCCGAAGUCAAGAAGCCUAAAGAUAACCUUCGGCCGGAGGGCGAGUUCGAAAGACCAGAAAAGACUCCUUAUGGUCCUGCUGAAAAACGAACGCCAAUCAAGCACGACGAUAAUCUUCGACCGGAAGGUGAAUUUGAGAGGCCAGAGCAUGAAAGGUACCGUCCUGCCGAAAGACCUGAAGUUAAGAAGCCGAAAGAUAACCUUCGACCGGAAGGUGAGUUUGAGAGACCAGAAAAAACGCGCUACGGCCCAGCAGAAAAGCGAACACCAAUCAAACACGAUGAUAACCUUCGACCAGAGGGUGAAUUCGAAAGACCAGAACACCAACGAUAUCGUCCUGCUGAAAGACCAGAAGUCAAGAAGCCUAAAGAUAACCUUCGGCCAGAGGGCGAGUUUGAAAGACCAGAAAAGACUUCAUAUGGUCCUGCUGAAAAACGAACGCCGAUCAAGCACGGCGAUAAUCUUCGACCGGAAGGUGAAUUUGAGAGGCCAGAGCAUGAAAAGUUCCGACCUGCCGAAAGACCUGAAGUUAAAAGGCCAAAAGACAACCUUCGACCGGAGGGAGAAUUUGAGAGACCUGAGAAAACAUCGGUUGGGCCAGCUGAAAGACGAACACCUAUUAAACAUUCUGACAAUCUGAAGCCCGAGGGUGAUUUUGUUGGCAGAGUGAGGGAUGACUACAAGAUAAUUAAAGGCGAGCGUGUUGACGUAAUUAAACAUACUGAUAAUCUUCGAAUGGAAGGUGACAUCCAAACUUAUCGAUCCCGUGACGAUUACACAGACUUUCUCCUCAGAGAGCGUGUUGAAGUUACUAAAUAUGAAGAUAAUUUACGUAUGGAAGGAGAAUUCAUCGAUAUGAGAACGCGUGAUGAUUAUAAAGUAGUUAAAGGAGAAAGAGCUGAAGUAAAGAAGCCCAAAGACAAUCUUAAACCAGAAGGAGAAUUCGAAAGGCCAGACAAGAAACCCGUCGGGCCGGCAGAGCGUCGAACACCAAUCAAACACGCUGACAACCUAAAACCAGAAGGGGACUUUACGGAUCGCCCGCAAGAAGAAGCCCCGAAAAAAGGAGAAAGAGCUGAAAUAAAGAAACCCAAAGAUAACCUCCGUCCUGAGGGUGAAUUCGAUAGGCCUGAAAAAACAUCUUACGGCCCUGCAGAGAAAAGAACACCAAUCAAACACGCUGAUAAUCUCAAACCCGAAGGUGACUUUACUGGACGUCCAAAGGAAGAGACUCCAAAACGUGGCGACCGAGCUGAUAUCAAGAAACCGAAAGAUAAUUUACGUCCAGAAGGAAAUUUCGAGCGUCCCGACAAAACACCCGUUGGACCAGCUGAGCGCAGGACACCUAUACGCCACGAAGACAAUCUUCAUCCGGAGGGAGAAUUUACUGGACGUCCCAAAGAUGAUUUCACUCCGAAACGUGCAGAACGUCCAGUGCAAAAGAAACCUCAAGAUAACCUCAAACCAGAAGGUGAAUUCACUGGCAAGCCAAGAGAGGAUUACGUUAGAAAGAUUGGGGAGCGAUCCGAAAUUGUUGUGCAUAAGGAUAAUCUAAGAAUGGAAGGUGAAAUUGAUGUGCACAGGUCAAGAGACGAUUACACCACUUCGAGAACCGAACGCGUUAACGUUGUCAGACAUGAAGAUAACCUGAAGAUCGAAGGAGAAUUUAUUGACGUGCGUAGACGUGAUGAUUACAAUAUAACACGUGGCGAACGCACUGAGAUUAUUAGGCACGAAGACAAUCUCCGCCCAGAAGGUGACUUUGAACGUCCAGAAAAAGCACCGGUGGGUCCAGCUGAACGUAGAUCACCUAUAAAACACCCAGACAAUCUAAAACCAGAGGGAGACUUCAUUCGUCGACCAAAGGAUGCUGCACCAACCAAAGGAGAUCGGGCUGUUGUCCAGAAGCCUAAAGACAACCUCAGACCAGAAGGUGACUUUGAAAGGCCUGAUAAAUCACCCGUUGGUCCAGGUGAAAGGCGGACACCGAUCCGACAUGCAGAUAACCUCAAACCAGAGGGUGAUUUCGAAAGAAGGUCUCCAACUAAAGUGGGGCCAGGUGAAAGACGGACCCCGAUUCGCCACGAGGAUAACCUCAAGCCUGAGGGUGAUUUCGAGAGACGGAUUCCAAGUAAAGUGGGACCAGGUGAAAGACGAACUCCGAUUCGCCAUGAGGACAACUUGAAACCCGAAGGUGAUUUUGAGAAACGAGCACCAAGUAAAGUAGGACCAGGUGAAAAACGCACUCCGAUUCGCCAUGAAGACAAUCUUCAUCCGGAAGGUGACUUCUACGGGAUGCCGAAAAAUGAAUCGACGCCGAAGAAGGGUGAUCGCGCAGUUAUCAAACGCCCGCAAGAUAACCUGCGAUCUGAGGGUGAAAUGCAAAUGACACAAACUUCUAAAGAUGAUUACAAAGUUGUAAAAGGCGAUCGAGUCGAAAUACGUCGCCGCGAAGAUCAUCUGCGCAUGGAAGGAGAGAUUGACGUGCGUAGAUCAAGAGACGAUUACAAAAAGAUCACGAAGGUCGAAAGAGUGGAUGUUACAAGACACGAAGAUAAUCUUAGGAUUGAGGGUGAAUUCAUUGAUGUCCGUAGAAGAGAUGACUACACCACACAUGUUGGUGGUGAAAGAACCAUUAUUCAGAGACAGCGUGACAACUUAAGACCUGAAGGUGACUUUGAAAGACCAGAGAAGACUCACGUUGGUCCAGGUGAGAGAAGAUCUCCUAUCAAGCAUCCAGAUAAUCUGAAGCCUGAAGGUGAUUUUGAGCAGCGAAUACCGCAACAAGUUGGACCUGGUGAACGUAGAACACCCAUCCGUCACGGAGAUAACUUGAAAUCGGAAGGUGACUUUGACGGCCGACCAAGAGACGACUACUCGCCGAAAAAAGGAGAGAGAACCGAAAUAGUACGGAGAGAGGAUAACUUAAAAAUGACUGGUGAUUUCCGCGAUACAACUUCACAGAAAUCGGCAUACAAAGUUAUUCAUGGCGAACGCGUAGAAGUCAAACGCCACGAGGGUAACCUGAAAAUCAGUACUGGUGCAAUGGAAUCUAGGACAACUUCGAAAGAUACAUUCACACCAACCAGGAAAGAUUCAGCCGGCAUCGUAUCCUACGAUCGGCCAGUAAAUCGCCAAACACACAUGGAGUCCUCAAUUUCACUUGGUGAAGACACAAGUACAAUGUCCACGACAAAUCAACGUAACUACAACACAUACACACGGAAAACUGGUCGUGAAGUAGCUACUAAACUAGACGAUGUGCAAUCAGAUGUUAAACGAGCUGCGACAACGGAAACUAAAACUAUGCCUGAUGGUUCAAUAGUUACGGUCAUUAGGGAAACGACAACAAAACACACAGGGAAAAAGUUAACUGAUCAAACAACUCACCACCAACAUGCUCAUCAUACAAACGUGUCGGAGCGCCACGCUACUCGAGUUAUCGAUAACUCUGUAAUUGGUGGUGGUCCCGGCGGUCCAAGAGGGGACUCGUCCGUUGGUAGCAUAGUCCAAGACAAUGACAUUUCCCGAAGGUCAACUACAGUCGUGGACAACCAGCGAUAUGCUAACGAACAACAUCAUCGUACAAGCAACGAACAACGUCUGAGAUCCGAGAAUGUGUCUCAAACGCGUUACGUGGUCGAUGACAGAUCAAUAACCGAUGUGAAUAAGCACGCCCGAAAUCAAAUCACGCGAGACAUAUCAUCAAAUACGCGCCACUUGGCAGACAACAGGUCAACAAGCACGCAAGAUAUUCAAAAACAACAACAAAUCGAACGACAUCAACGACAGCAUCAGCACCAACAGCAGCAUCAACACCAGCAUCAACACCAGCACCAGCAUCAGCACGAAAUUUCUCGGCGUGAUUACGUGAAUUCCGAAUUGGUUGACAACAGGCAAACAAACGCAUCGCGUCAUCAACACAGCUCGAUGCAUACUCAACAUACCGUUGCCAGUCAAGCACGAUACAACACGAAUCAAUCGAGCAGCAGCGACUUGAAACAAAUCAUUGGAGGAUAUUCCGGACAGUCAGUGGUGGAUUCUUCUACCAAGACCAGUCAUCACAGAAAAAAUAUCAUCUCUUCGUCGGCCGCAGAUGUGAGCAAUUCAGUGCUGCAUCGCAGAGGAGUAACCUCAUCGACUGAGGCACUUCACACGAUUUCGUCGACUGCUGCGGCUCAACGAAAGAGCAUAUCGAACCUUGCUGAUUCUGGACAGUAUAUCAGUAAUUCGAGUCAGAGUAGCGACCGUCGAAGUCUGACCUCCUUACACCGUAGUACCAAGGAUGGCAACCCUUGGGCAUCAGCGACAUAUGAAAGGCCACAACGGGUCGUUCAUCGGGAUAACCUUACGAUUGGCGGAAAAUUCUACUCUCAACGCGAAGCCAACAGCUACGGUAACUUCACGACGCAGAAGACCGAACGCGUUCAAAGACGCUCGAACGUAUCACACAUCGCUCUUGGCGAUGGCAGCGCAACUACGUCAACAUCCUAUAAGAAGGAGUUCGUUCCGAAACAACAGGGUCCAUGUCCAGCUGCUCUAUUGGAAGCUAAAAAAGCGCCCUUCAAGCACACAAGAGAUACGCCAAAACACAAGUUCUACAUGCCACUGAUUUCCAAUUAAUUUAUUAGGUUACCAGUCCUCUGAGUCGUACACAAACGCUGUAACUUUUAUCGCACUUACUUCUCUUGAUGUCAUUUGAAGCAAGCGUAAGUCGGCGAAAUUCCUUUUCGACACCCUAGAACUGUGAUAAAAAUUCAGAAUUUUACUAUUCUCCACGUUAAAUUGAUGUGAUUAUCUAACUAUACUAUACGGUUACAUUUUUUGCAAGAAUAUCCACAAUGAUAUUUUAUCUAUACUGUGAUAAAUUAUUGUUGAAUAUUAUUUCCCGAGAAACUUAUAUAUGCUAAUAUCUGCAUUGGUUACAUAUGGUGAAAUUUAUCUCGUUAUUGAUAUACACGAUAUACUCGUAUACUAUAAACAUUAUACUUAUAUAAUAUAAAUAUAACUCAUCGCAUGUAAGUCUGUUAAAACAUGGAAUCAAGCAGAAAUAAACGUGACUGAUUGCAAAAGUGCAUUGCAAAGCAACAACAAUAGAGCUUAAAAUGGCGAAAAAUUCGAACAGAUUAAAAUCAAAGAAAUAUCAAAGUAGUCCAAUCGUUGAUCUAAAUUUUGAUUUAAGAUCAAAAUAAUGUUAUUCUCGAAAGCAUUCCAAAAUUAAAAUUGAUUUUAAAGAUCUUGACUAUCAAUUUAUAUAUUAAUUUAUGCACUAUAGUUCGCAAAUAAUUGAUCAAAUAUUUUAAAUAAUAAUUCCACUGGACUAGUGACGGUUUGCGUUUGUUUCUCAGCUGGCAGAAUAUCAAUGAUUCACAUUGGGUAUAUCACUAUCACUACUAUUGCUAUCAUCGUUAUUAUAAUUAUCCUGCUUCUUGUUAUUCUUAUUAUUGCCUUUAUUUUCUUUGUUAUUAUUUUUUGGCAUAAGUUAUUUUACCCGUGUCGUAAGUAUACGAUAUUUGAUUUAUUC